AUGCUUCAGGAGUGGAAACUCGAAAAGAAUCGCAUUAAUGGGUGCACCACCGAUGGAGGUGCAAAUAUCUGCCGUGCAAUCAGUGACUUACUGGGAAGAAGGAAACAUCUUUGGUGUUUUGACCACCGUCUGGAUAUCAUUGUAGAGCAAGCUAACAAUGAAAACAUACAGACUAAAAUUAUUGUGGAUAAAUUAAAAGGCAACGUCACCUAUGUGAGGCACAACGGGAACGCCUCUGAUAAGCUAAGAGAUAGUCAAAUCUUAAGAGGCGUUUUAGAAUCAGAAGUGUUAAAGUUAAUUCAGGAUGUUCCCACAAGAUGGAAUAGUAAAUUUGAUAUGGUUGAGCGAUACGACAAACUUUUAGAUGAUGUUAAUUCCAUUCUCAUUCAAUUCAAUCAAUUUGAAAGGAUUGUAGGUCCAGAUGAGCAUGCCAUUAUCAAAGAGAUGAUCAUACUUCUGAGACCGUUCGCUGAGGCGUUAACUUAA